AUGGAGGAUGAGAAUGAAGUUGGACUACCCGCAAAGGGUAUCAGUAUGAUCAUCAAAGAAGUACUGCCGGAAAUGCGAAUCGCAAAUGAAUCACGUGAACUGUUCGCCGCAUGUUGUGUAGAAUUCGUGAAGUAUGUGGCAAGAGGAGCCCAACAUGUUAGUGGAAACGAUCAACGGAAGACUAUCUACCAUGAACAUGUGCUGAAGGCGUUACAGCUGCUACAGUUUCCACCAGAUUAUGCAGAGGCUGCCGACAGCGUGCUCGGCGAGUGUAAGGUUAGCUUAUUAAAGCGUUGCACUAGAGACGCUAAGGGGAAUAUUUUGGGAUCUCCCUGA